AUGGUUGAAGAUAAUAUUCAAAGCAAAAGGGAUGACAUUGUCUUUCUCCGUGCUUGGGCUCUCGAUUUACCCUUCUUUAGCUCCCAAAUGUUUCGACAGAAAAAACUGCUGGUGAAUAUUUUAUUGAACUCACUCUACAUCGCAAGAACCAACCCAAAAACGAAUGAGAUUACCAUUAAAAUAGCUGCUGGUUAG